AUGAGCAAUUUUGAUAGUGACGCCGUCAACAAGGGCGAUGGAGCCAAGCCCGAAUCCAGAGAGAGGAGUCGAGUUCUGCGUUAUGAUGAAGUUCGCACUAGCCAAGUCCGUCUGAUCAAAUCAGUCAAGUCCGAUGCCAAGAAGCAGAAUAGUCGCAAGGCCAUUCUGAGAGUCCGUAGACUCAUGGACGACAACGGCGUUCACAUCAGGACUGAAGUGGAUAUCCAAUCCAAACGCAUUUCUCAGGUCAUACAGGAGAUCAACACGGACGUCGAGGGUAUAUCGCCAAAUAGGAACCCACCAGUUGUCCCACUUGAGCUUUUCUUUCACAAUUUCUUGGCGCUGCAAGAGCGGUUAGACACAGCGAGGCAUUCCGAACCGAGGGAUGAGGAGCUCAUAUCAGACUUAGCAGAAACUGUGAUGUUUGCUAAGAGUGAGCACGCCAUUAAUAUGGACAACCUCGAACGAUUAGUCGACGCCGGCGAGAUUACUUGGGACCUCAUGUGGGCAAUCUUUCCACCCAACAUCCUGGUCUACAGAUAUCAUCGAUUGACUGAACAAGACCAGGUCCUCAAGUUGCGUGCCAUGAGUCAAGUGAAGCGGCAGGACAAUUCAAUCUUUUGGCGCCUAGAGUGUCACAUCGUAGCAGACGAUGGUAUCAAGUUUGGCCUGGCAUCCGAGCCAAUGGUCGCGGUAAUUGAUCAAUUCACUGGGGCCCGAAAAAUUGCAGAUCUGCGUGUCUUCCCUCUGAAGUACCACGAGAAGAUGUCGGAUGUUCGUGCUACUGCACUGGACCGUGGACGUCGUCUUGCAACGUUCCGCGAGCCUCAGGUAAUAGAGACGAGUGGAUCAGCCAUGUUCGAAAAUCGAACUAAUCGCUGGGAGGCUUAUCAAUUUCCUUCGCAUGGAAGGAUAAUUAUUGAUGUAGCCGGCUUUCGAUCUGUGAACCCAAAUAUCACGUUCCUGCCAGAGGUACAUGCCAAGCUUCGUCGAGAGAGCCUAACUGAAGAGCAGCUUAUCAUCUCCACCCCAGUAAUGCUUGGAUUCUGUUUUAGCAACUCGAGAUGGGGAGCUUUUGCCAUGUCUCGUCUCGUCGAUGUUGAAUGGAAUCAUGAGGCCUUCGAGGACCUUGUCCUAGAAGCGCCAACCAAAGUACUUGUUCGCUCCCUGGUCAAGCAGCACUCUUCCCAAGGCGACGGCCUUGACGACAUAGUUUCUGGCAAGGGCAAAGGAAUCAUCUGUCUCUUCAGUGGGCCUCCCGGCAGCGGUAAGACCCUAACCGCAGAGGCCGUGGCUGAAAUUACCCGAAAGCCUCUUUACAGUGUGUCUGCGGGAGAUCUGGGCAUUCGGCCUACGGAUGUAGAUCAGAAGCUUAGUGAGAUUAUGGAAUUAUCUCGCAAGUGGAAUUCAGUACUUCUGCUCGACGAGGCUGAUGUCUUUCUCCAAAAGAGAGAUUCCGCAGACAUCCAACGGAAUGCUCUUGUGAGCAUCUUUCUAAGACAACUCGAGUACUAUCAGGGAAUACUCAUCUUGACGACCAACCGAGCUUCAGAGUGCGAUGCUGCGUUUGAGAGCAGAAUUCACAUUCCAAUUGUGUACCCUGAACUAGACGAAUCUGCCAGAAGAAAGAUAUGGGCGACGUUCUUGAGGAAGAUCAAGGACACACCACAUGGCGCCACGGUGGAGAUCACGGAAGAAGACAUUUCCCGACUGGCAAAAAUGGAGAUCAAUGGUAGGAAAAUCAAAAACAUCUUCAGUAGCGCUAGGAUUGUUGCCAGGGAGAUGGAUGAGAUGCUCUCGAUCUCUCAUAUAGAUAUAGUGUUGAAUGCUACCAAGUCAGGCUUCAAGGCGAUUGACCCAAGAUGA